AUGGCACCGGUUCUGACACCGCUACUCCGACGAGCGUUUGCCGUCGUCGGCGCCUCUCCGCUGCCAACAUCGGCGGUCGUGGACGGCGCGGCUGAUGGUCCUCUGGCGGACGCCACACGCAUGCACAUCACCCGGGACACGCCCAGCAACAAUAAGCAGGACCCGUCAACGGGCGUGCUAGACCCGCACGACAUUUCCAACGUGGGCUUCUUUGUGCUCUUUGCGCUGCUCGGGCUGUCAUUCGUUGGGGGAAUCAUUUGGUUCUUCUUUUGGGCGCGGAAUGGCGGCUUCUACUUUAAACAGACGGAUUGGGAAGACUACAAGACGGCGGUGCUGCGCCGGCGCGGUCCCAACGGUACGCUACUUUCGGGUGCAACCGAGUCGACGAACCUGGGAGGCGGUAGCGUGUACAAAGACGUGGCGGACGAUGGCAAGACGACAAUUACAGACAGCACAGGGUUGAGCGGCAUUACGGCGGGCGCGAGCGACAUUGCAGCGCGGGAGAAGAGAGAGGAAAAGCGCGCUCAGAGGCGUCAGGAACGCGAGAAGCGCAAAAAAGGCAAGAAGCGCAGUGAUGUCAGCGGCGGCGGCGGCGAGUACGACGAGAAGCAGAACAGACGACGCGUUGAGGACGGCGAGGUGCAGGAUGAGGAGGCGGAGAUGAAGGCACGCAAUGAGCUGCGCAGCUACCGGCACGAAAAGGCGGCACGGGUUGGCGGCCUGAACAAGCAGUCGGAAGGCUCGUCGUGGGACGGCUCGAACGCGACGAUGAGCCACACUGGCACGGAGUCGGAGCUCCUCCCCAACAAGCAGAGCACGCCGACAAGCACACCGACCAAGGACAAGAAGCGUGGGGGUGGCAUACGCAAGGUGUACUCGACGGCGGAUCGCAACGCGGAGCGCGAGGCGGAGAAGAAGCGUGUCGAAGCGAGGAGGCUACGGGACGAGGGGCGCACGCACCGCCGAGACUUUUCGUUUCAGCGCGCCAAGGCAACGGAUAGCUUGCUGUCAGGCAGCGGCACAGGAAGCAGGAGCGAGAUGACAAGUGGUGGGGAUAGCAGCGAGCUGGGCACCAAGAGCUAUCAUCACCCGCGACCGGAGAUUUCGAGGGCGCAGAGGGAGAGGGAGAGGGAGGAGAGGAGGGCGAAAAGGGGGGGUUAUAGACGUGGACGAGGGGAUGAUGAGCUUUAG